AUGUGGUGGUGGAAGUUUUUGGCGAUUGCUGCCAUCAGGACAGUAUAUGCGGCUUCCCGAGACCAAUGGCUCGGUCGGUCGGUCUACCAAGUAGUCACCGAUCGCUUCGCUCGAUCCGAUAACUCAACCGCCGCUUUUUGCGAUGCAGCACUGGGAAAGUAUUGUGGAGGGAGUUUCCAGGGCAUCAUAAAUAAAUUGGAUUAUAUACAGGAACUUGGGUUCGAUGCAGUUUGGAUCUCUCCCGUGCAAAGUCAGGAGUCAACUCGCACGGCGGAUCUCUCAGCAUACCAUGGGUAUUGGCCAAACGACCUGUAUGCCAUCAACUCCCAUUUUGGCACUUCUGAUGACCUCCGAUCGUUAUCUGCAGCGUUGCACGCGCGUGGCAUGUACUUGAUGCUGGACAUUGUCGUUGGUGAUAUGGCAUGGGCUGGAAAUGCCUCCACUGUUGACUACAGCACGUUCAAUCCAUUCAAUGAUCAGAAGUAUUUUCACGACUACAAGCUACUUUCUGAGGACCCCAUAAACGACACCUGUGUUCUGGAUUGCUGGUUGGGAGACAACACCAUGUCCCUUCCAGAUCUGCGAAACGAGGAUAAGGAAGUCCAGCAAAUUCUGGGCACCUGGGUUUCGCAGUUGGUUUCGAACUACUCCAUUGAUGGUUUGCGAAUCGACAGUGUCUUGAACAUUGCCCCCAUCUUCUUCUCCAAUUUCAGCAAGUCAGCGGGUGUUUUCACUAUGGGCGAAGGCGCUACAAGAGAGGCAUCCGGCUACUGCUCUCUGCAGCCCAGCCUAAGCGGACUGUUGAACUAUCCGUUGUAUUAUAUCCUCUCGGAGGCAUUCAAGACGACUAAAGGGGACCUCAACAGAAUUGUACAGUCUAUCGACUACAUUAGAUCACAUUGCGAAGAUGUACUAUCCCUGGGAACUUUUACAUCGAAUCAGGAUGUGGCUCGCUUUGGCUCGUAUACUUCGGACAUAUCGCUGGCUCGCAACAUUCUCACAAUGAGCAUGCUUGCUGACGGUAUCCCCAUUCUCUACUACGGGGAAGAACAGCACCUGUCAGGUGGAUUCAACCCUGUCAAUCGAGAGGCCCUGUGGCUUACCAAAUACUCGACAAACUCGACCUCCCUCCCUCUGCUCGUCCAAUCGUUGAACCGCAUUCGAUCAUAUGCGAGCGGCGACGGAGAAAAGUCCACGGUCGCCCCCAAGUCAGGGGGUGACUAUCUAUCGUACCUCUCAUUACCAAUCUACAAUUCAACCAACAUCCUAGCCAUGCGCAAGGGAUUUACCGGUAAUCAGGUUGUGAGCGUCGUGUCCAACCUAGGAGCCAAGCCCACCAAAGCCACCAAAGUCACGCUCAGCUCCGACGGCACAGGAUUUUCAUCCCGACAGAAUGUGACGGAGCUCUUAUCUUGCAAAACAUUUGUUACUGAUUCAAGCGGAAAUCUCAAUGUGGACCUCAGCUCGGAUGGAGGGCCUCGGGUGUACUAUCCUACUGAAAGCCUGAAGCGAAGCACCAAUAUUUGUAAAGCUCAUACUCAAACAUCUACAACCUCCUCAUCAAUCCCAAAGACUUCCUCCGGUGUUGGGAUUCCUUCAUUCGGUUUGUCAUGGAAGAUGGGGACAUUGAUAGUCACGGCUGCAUUAACCACGUCCUGCGGUUCCAUCUAG